CACACACACACACUCACAUAAUCAUGGGCGUGAGAGUAAUUGAAGCAGAUUCGGCGAGCGAUUCAUAUGAUGAUGAGGAGUGUCCCACAUGCAACACGAACCACAAGAGCAAAUCGAGCAACGCCAAGCGCAGCGCAACGGAGCCCACGAAUAUCCAUUUGGGCAGCAAGGAUCUGGUUGGCAAUUGCAAGGAGUACCGCAUUGAGAACAACAGCCGCGAUCUGCGCAUCAUUGGCAACGGGAAUCGCGUGCGCAUCGCCAACAACUCGGGCAGUCUUCACAUCAUUGGCAACGCGACCAGGCUGAAGAUCCAGCACAAUGCUGGCUACAUCAAGUACACGGGCAACGAUGGGCGCAUCUACCUGGGCAGCGACUCCCAGCAGCAGACGGUCGACUACAUUGGCUGCAAUGGGCUGCUCAAGGUGGUCAACUCACUGCAGCUGCACGGCAGCAGCAGCAGCAGCAGCAAGUCCAACAGCAAGCGCACUCCCCGCUCCCAGCCAAAGGUGGCUAAGGAUGCGCCGCCGCAGCCAAACAAGGCACCAACUGCCCCGCGCCUGGGCGUCGAGAUUGACAACAAUCUGACCAUAGUCAAUGGCAUCGCCGGCAACAUUGUGAUUAAGAAUGCGAUAAAUGUGAGCAUUUAGGCCAGGCCCACUUAUCUAUCUCAAGUCCAAAGUUUAAGCUUAGCAACUUGCCAGCUAGAUAUAGGCACGAUGGCCAGCACGCAUGGUUCCUAUUGUUAUAUAUAAGCUAUCUGACUGCUUAAUGUGAUUUUGUCAUCGGGCAUUCAAAGUAUUACACGUCACAUAAUAAGUGUGCGUAUCUUCACAAUACAUUCAUCAUAUAUGUGUAA